CCCGGCUCCGACACCGCCCGGCCCCGCCCCGCCCGGCCUGGUCCGCUCCGCCCCCCACACACAGCCCGCGGCCUGGACGCCUGCCCCCAGUGCCGGGGCCGAGGCCGAGUCGCCGCCCAGCCCAGCCCAGCCCUGGGGCACCUGGCGCUUGACGAUGCAAGGAGGAGACGGGACGGUGGCCGCUCCCCUUCCCGCACCCGCCUCUACCCCUGUGACCGAAGUGGAAGUGAAAGCGGAGACGCCUGUCCACAGGCCGGCGGCCAGAACACGGGGCUGGCAGUACAGUGAUCAUAUGGAGAAUGUAUGUGGAUACUUGAUGAAAUAUACUAACCUUGUCACAGGCUGGCAAUAUCGGUUCUUUGUUUUAAAUCAUGAAGCUGGAUUUCUAGAAUACUUUGUCAAUGAGCAGUCCCGAAGUUUGAAGCCAAGGGGCACUUUACAGCUAGCAGGGGCAGUCAUCUCACCAAGUGACGAAGACUCCCACACAUUUACGGUCAAUGCAGCCAUUGGAGAACAGUAUAAACUGAGAGCUACUGAUGCAAAAGAACGUCAACACUGGGUCAGUAGACUUCAGAUUUGUACUCAGCACCACACGGAAGCUAUCGGGAAGAAUAAUCCACCCUUGAAAUCGAGAAGCUUCCCCUUGGUUUCUCAAGGAAACAGUUCUCCGGGCGUGCAGAGACGAGCAAGUCAGAAUGCUGCUGCGUUUUUUGGUGUUACUCAUCAUAAGUCUCCGGGAUUGUCAAAGCGAUUCCACACCCUGCAACCAGACCAUUUGGCCGAUGUUCGAGAGAUGAUGAACCAGGCCGAAGGACAGCACAAGGAAUUGGUCCGAACUAUUGAAGGACUUCCUCCCUUUGGAGAACAAAUCUCAUCACUGGACCAAGAUCUGCUCAUGCUUAAAGCCACCACAAUGGCAACAAUGAACUGUUUAAGUGAUUGUUUCCACAUUCUUCACCUUCAGCAGGCAGCCAACCAGAAAAGUUAUUUUCCUUCAUGUGAAAGAGGCACAACAAUUGAAUGGUUGGAACCCAAAUUAUCAAUAUCGGACAACCUCAAGAAUGGAAACGAACACCAGCUGUCAACUGAGAAGGCCCUGUCAAACGCUGCUUGCGGAGAUCAGCCAAUUUCUGAACAAUACCAAAUAUCACGGAAAUGCCCAUGCAUACUUUUUCAUCAUUUUGGGAAGUGGAAUGACCAAUUCAAUCUUGCUGAGCCAGGGUUACAGGAGACAGCAUUAGGCAAUAAGAAAGCUGUAGCUUUCCCUCUGGUACCUCAUUACCAUUUUCCUAAGGAGCCGGAAGAAAUAAAUCCAGAUGACGAAACGGAAGUUACCAUUGAGGAUGAGGAGGAAGAUGAUCUUGGAGUUGUUGAAGAACAGCGUAGUGUGAUUCUACACUUGUUAUCUCAGCUGAAGCUGGGUAUGGAUUUGACACGAGUGGUUCUUCCAACCUUUAUUCUGGAGAAACGUUCGUUACUGGAGAUGUAUGCAGACUUUAUGUCCCACCCAGAUCUCUUCAUUGCCAUCACGGAUGGUGCAAAUCCUGAAGAGAGAAUGAUCCGCUUUGUCGAGUAUUACCUCACCUCAUUCCACGAAGGGCGUAAAGGAGCUGUGGCCAAGAAACCGUACAAUCCAAUUAUUGGUGAAACAUUUCACUGCUCAUGGAAUGUACCGAGAAACACAAGUGGCAAAUCAUGUAGCAGCUCAUCACCGGAUUGCUGGCAAACGACAGAGUGCUCCGGUGGUUCAGAGGAAAGAGGCCAAGCAGACUAUCUUUUAAGAUUUGUGUCAGAACAGGUGUCUCAUCAUCCACCUGUCUCAGGAUUUUAUGUCGAGUGCGAAGAGAAAAACAUAUGUGCAAACACUCAUGUAUGGACAAAGAGCAAGUUCAUGGGCAUGUCCAUUGGAGUUGUAAUGAUUGGCGAAGGUCUUCUGUGUCUCUUGGACCACGGAGAGGAGUACACCUUUACCCUUCCUUGCGCCUACGCUCGUUCUAUCUUAACCGUUCCUUGGGUGGAGCUCGGAGGGAAAGUCAACGUCAACUGUGCAAAGACUGGUUACUCUGCCGCUAUAACAUUUCACACAAAGCCAUUUUAUGGUGGAAAACUUCACAGAGUGACUGCUGAAGUGAAGCAUCAUGCAACAAAUACGGUGGUGUGCAGAGUGCAGGGGGAAUGGAACGGUGUGCUUGAAUUCACUUACAGCAAUGGAGAAACUAGAGUCAUAGAUGUAACUAAACUUCCUGUCACCAGAAAGCGAGUGCGACCGACUGAGAAACAAGGCCCAUUUGAGUCCAGGCACUUGUGGCAGCAUGUGACUGAAGCUUUGAGAGUAAAAAACAUAGAGAAGGCCACUGAACAUAAGAGCUUACUAGAGGAACGCCAGAGGUCAGAAGCACGUCAUCGUGCAGAGACGGGCGCACUUUGGAAGACAAAGUAUUUCUAUCAAGAGGGUGAUGGAUGGAUCUAUUACAAGCCCCUGUGGAAAUCCACAAGAGGCAACACUGAGAUAGCUUCACCAACACCAUAGACUCGGUGCAACUGGAGUACAGCAACAUGGUUUUAAGUAAUAAAGCUAUCACGACUAGAGUUGUGACCAAUGUUGAUUUCAUAUUAAAUUGUAAAAUGCAGUAAAUCUCUCAGCUGCUUUUAUUCAAUAUUGUGUGUCUAUGAUAUAAUGUUGCGAGUGCUUCACACUUCGGCAUGUUAGCAGAAAGGACUCUUUAAAAUGACAGGAAAAAUGAGUGAGUUUUUAUCUUCAACUACAUUUUAUACCUUAUCUGAAGCCUUUUGGCAAUUACUUUUUGGCAAGGAUCUUGUGUUAUUUUGACACCUGUAUUUGACAAAAGUAUUACGUUAAUGAUUGCUGCCUCCGAACAAAAACCUAUUUCUAACUGGCACAGUGGAGUGCUCUUUUGACAAGUUGACAAGCGGCUGAAGUGCUGGACUGUUGAUCGGCCUGUGGAACUGUUGCAACAACAAUUUGCCAGAGUGACCCUUUGGCUUAAUCUAUUGCAUAAGAUGCUUUUUUUUUUUUACAAAAAGUCUAUCCAGGAGGAAUUGGUGAUAUGAAGUUCCUUUAGGUACAUUUCUUUAAAAAAUUGCGGGCAAUUAAGAAAUAACCCCCCAUGAAGGGAGGCGGAUA